AGGAGUCAUUUUGACGGCCAAACAACACAGGAGAUGAUUGGUCACUGGGAUACGGUUCCCGGAAAAACAUAUGUGCCGCAGUCAGGGCGAAGGCCGCUACAUCGCGGUGAAUUUUAUAUGGAGACGUGCGAAGAGGACGAGGAACGCAGGAGGGAGCGCUGGAAGCUUCUCAACAGCUUGAAGACUACUGUUGAGGGACUGCUGUCUACUAACAACCCCAAUGUGUGGUCUAGGUAUGGUGGCCUGGAGCGGCUAUGCAAGGACAUGAACAACAUCUUGAGUCAUGGGCUCAUUCAAGAUCAGGUUUACUGCAGGCAAGCUGAUUACUGGGCAUUUGUCCACUGUGCCCGCUUCCUUAGUUCACAGGUAGAAUCAAAUGUGGAACAGUUUCUGGAUGUGAAUGAAGGUCACCAGACUCCACGCAGGGCCUAUGUGUGGCUCCACCACAGCUUACAGUUUCAUAGUCUUUCUGCACAGCUGCGACCCCUAUUGCAACAAACAGGACAUACCCGCAAAUUCUACACAGAUGGAGCAUUCCUCCUGAGUCCCCCUCAUGUAAUGGCAAUGUUCCAGUGUUUGGAGGCAGUUGAGCAAAACAAUGCCAAGUUGCUAGCCCUUAUUGAUACUAGCCUGCUGACAUUGAAGAUACAAUCGCCUCUGUUCUUUCCCAUGCCCUACAUCCCAGUCUCCUCCUAUAGCAGCUUCUGUGACAGCUCUGCCAAGAUCCUACCUGGUGCAGGUGGUAACAAGUCUGCCAUUCCUCCUCCGCUGGUGCCAGAGAAGGGAAGCUUUACCCUCCCACGAGAGAUAGAAGACACUAGGGAUGAUCAAUCCACAGAAAUGGAUGAUGGGCCAGAAUACUUGGCGAUUGGGAACCUUGGGUGCCGGCGCCGCUCAUCUGUCAGCAGUAGCACGGAAAGCACAACUAGUUUGAAGGAAGAAGAGACUAUGCCCACUACCAUCUCCAACAGAGCGCUUUCUGCCCGUCGUUCUAGCUUCUCAGAGGGCCAAAGGCUGGAACGGCAAGCAGGUUUUAGACGAAGCCAUACUCGCUCACACUCAGACACAGGCCUGGCCCAGGGUCGAUUACAACAAGGAGGCCAUAGGAACAUCACCAUUAUUAUUGAGGACCCUGUAGCAGAAUCAUACCCUGAGGUGUGUGGUGCAUUCUCCAGUCAUAGCAGUGAGGUUAGCACACCAAGUUCCCUGUACUUGGAGUCUGAGGUAUCCCAAUACAGCAGUCUAGCAGAUGGUAUGUUUCGCAGGCCAUCAGAAGGCCAGUCACUUAUCAGCUACCUUUCAGAGCAGGAUUUUGGGAGCUGUGCUGAUUUGGAAAAGGAAAAUGCUCAUUUUAGCAUCUCUGAGUCCUUAAUUGCGGCUAUUGAGCUCAUGAAGUGCAAUUUGUUAAAGCGCAAUGAUCCAUCCCUUGAAGGUGAAGGUGAGGAUGAUGAGGAGAAUGACCUUGAGAUUCAAGAACUGAAACAGAAAAUACGCCUACGCCGACAGCAGAUCAGAAGUAACCGACAGCAAAAGAUAACACUUGAUCCAUCAUUCACCACUCCAGAAAGUGGAAACUCAAGGCACAACUCCCUGGAUUCCUUGCAGCUUUCUGAUUCUGGUUCUGUGGAAGAAGUGGAGGAGAUAGAAAUCAGAGAUGGUAAUGAUGGAUGUAACCUGAUUCAAAUGUCUAACAACGGACUCUCACUGUCCCUGGCCUCUCUAUUCUCAGAUGCUGAUAUUACAAAGUCUGGUCGCUGUGUGUCCCUUCCUGGCUCAUCGGUUAUAUCCCACUUGUUCCUGCAGUCUAACUCUGCUGAGUCCGUGGCUAUGGGGUUGCUACGACAGUUUGAAGGAAUGCAGCUCCCCGCAGCCUCUGAACUUGACUGGCUUGUCCCCGAGCAUGAUGCCCCUCAGAAGCUGCUACCUAUUCCAGAUUCUCUACCCAUUUCUCCUGAUGAUGGUGAGCAUGCAGAUAUCUACAGAUUGAGGAUCCGUGUUCGAGGGAACUUGGAGUGGGCCCCCCCACGCCCACAGAUCAUCUUCAACAUUCACCCUGCUCCCAAGAGAAAAGUGGUUGUGGCUAAGCAGAAUCACAGAUGUGCUGGGUGUGGUAUCCGCAUUGAGCCAGAUUACAUCAAACGUCUGCGUUAUUGUGAAUAUCUGGGAAAAUACUUUUGCCAGUGCUGCCAUGACAACAGUCAGUCAGUGGUCCCAAGCCGUAUUUUACGCAAGUGGGAUUUCAGCAAGUAUUAUGUAAGCAAUUUCUCCAAAGAUCUGCUAACAAAAAUCUGGGGUGACCCUCUCUUUAAUGUUGAGGACAUCAAUAGUGCUUUGUAUAGGAAAGUCAAGGCACUGGACCAAGUGAAGCAUUUGAGGGUACAGUUGGUUCGGAUGAAGAGCCUGCUCAAAACAUGUCGUCUGGCCGAGGACUUGUUAGAUCAAUUUGAUCAAGAGCCUGGUCACCUAACAGAAGAUCUACACCUAUACUCAUUGAGUGAUCUGGUGGCAGUUCGAAAAGGGGAGUUGGCACCAUGUCUCCGAGAUCUUGUCCAGAGAGGUGCUGCACAUGUCCACAGAUGUGAGCUUUGCCAAGCCAAAGGUUUCAUUUGUGAGUUCUGUGGGAAUGACAAGGACAUUGUUUUCCCGUUUGAGCUACACAAGUGCCGAUGUUGCGAGGAAUGCAAGGCCUGCUAUCACAAAAGCUGCUUCCGCAAUGACCAGGAGUGUCCCAAGUGCCGACGUCUAGCACUGCGCAGGGAAAUGCUGGCUCGUCAGAAUAUGGAGCUGCAAACUUCUGAAGAUGAGGAAGUGGAUAGUGGACAAAGUAGCAAAGGAAUUAAUGGCUCUCAGGAGCAGGACAUAAACUGACCCCUGUGGGGCCUGUUCAUUACUCAUCUCAUCAAUGAAUAUACCAGAGUUAAAAUUGACUGUAGGACCAGCUGAGCUGGAUGCAGAACUCUGUGGUGACUGUGAAUGUAUUUUGUCUUUUUCUCUAAAGUUAAUAUGGAAUAUCAGAUCAGGUAGAGCUCUAGGUUCUAGCUGUGACACUGGUAAAUCUGUUUUUCCCAUAGUCAAGAAUUUGUUUUGGACUAUGGUAAAUAUUCUGGUUCUGUGAUCUUUGCUCCAGCCUACUCACAAAAGUUUGUGUGGUCUGCAGUUAACAUUAAGUUUCAGUGUGGUCUGGGCCUUAUUAGCAGCAGCAGUCAUGGAACCUCGAUGAGAUGGUGGAAACCAGCAGCAUCUGAACUUUCUUUGAAAUGAGGGAUAAAAUAUCCACUUUGGUGUCACCUACUUCAUUUGAAAAUGAAGCUGUUUUUCCUCUUCUUCCAGUGGGCAGAUAAUUAUAUUGCACUUGUUCCAACUAUCAUGAAUGGCUCCGAUCAGACAUGUCUGAAUUGUGGUAGGUUUGAAUGAAUGACACUGAAACACUGCCCCAUCCUGCUGCUUGUUUGCUUGUUAAAUUAGAUCUUGCAUAAAUAAAUAUAAUUUUAAAUA